AGCGGAAGUGAGGCCGUACAAACCCCGCGUAUAUGAGACAUGUUGACGGACCUCGGCGGCUAGGGAGGCUGGUUAUAACGACUGUACCAAAACAGUGAUAUCAUAAUCGUGACACUGGCAUAACCAUGGGUGACCAGGCUUUUAUCUGACGUUAUUAUUUCACAUCGUGUGCCUUCAAAUACAGUGAAAGUGAUCAUUUCAUCAUUAAGAAUAACGUGCAAUUGCUCCCUCAAUAUCACGGGAUGCGGUUGUGGCACAUCAUCUUCCACCCGGUCUUGCUAUUCUGAUUGGAUGUUCGUUCUUGCUUGGUGGUCUUGGCAGGAGCUCAGUUUGCUAGGUAACCUAACCAUACCUACCAGUGUCCUCAGUCUCCAUGGACGCACACAGAAUAUGCAAAGUAUGCAAAGUUCUGUGAGAUUCUCACUUCCAUACAACCUGGCUUCUGUCUGUGUCUCGGAGCAGAAUAGAGAAUAGGCAUGUAGUACUAAACCGCUACGCCGUCUAAUCAUCCAUCAUUCACCUAAACCCGCAUCACACUAGACACAAACAAAAUGGCACAACCGCUCGGCAGUGAGCAUUCGCCUGCACCGGAGAACGUCGAGGAAGAUGAAGACGCUGAGGCGUUCGCUGGGGUCCUUUCGGUGCUCGAUAAAACGCAGCUCCCUUUUCUGGGUCAGGACGUCUUCCAACGAAUCCACCCACAGCUCGAUUCCGCGGGUACAGAGCCCGUUGUCGGUGAACCCAUGUAUGGUUCCUACAAUGUCCUCUUUCCGUUGACCUUCCCCACUGGUCUCUGCUGGCUGGUCAAGAUCCACAUCAACGGAACGCCAGAGAAAUGGGAUGACGUCUCCGCGUCGUCCUUGGUUGCCGAGGCUAAGACGAUGCAGCUCCUGAAACGUGAGACCACCAUUCCCUUACCGGAGGUCUUCGAUUUCUCAUCAACGACUCAGAAUGUUCUCCGAUGCCCGUAUAUUCUUAUGUCGUUCAUAUCCGGUGUACCGCUGCAUGACGUCUGGUUUGGACACCAGAAAAAGGCCGUUGAUCUAGAAGUGAACCGCGCCCAACGAACCCGUGCCCUCGAGAGUAUCGCCUCUGCAAUGAUCCAGCUCGGCAAGUUCUCGUUUCCGACCAGUGGCAGUCUUGUUUUUGCAAAUGACGGAUCCCCUUCAGGCACUGGUCAGACGCGACGAGUUGACCACACAGCAGGACUUGAUCGUAUGUUCAUCCAUGGUGAUCCCGCUGAUGACCCUAUAUAUGCGAACCACGCAGCAUUCAGUGACCCAAAGUCGUACUAUACCUUCAUGCUAAACCUCCACCCUACCCAGAACUCAUACCAACAAGGCAUCAAUGCAAUCUUGCUUCAACUGAUCAGCUGGAUCCCCGAGCCUAACAGAUCAGAUCGUUUCGUUCUCACCCAUCCCGAUUUCGACAUUCAGAACUUCAUCGUCUCGGAAGAUGGCGAGCUCCAGGGCAUAAUUGACUGGGACGGCGUCGUAGCCGUCCCUCAUACCAUUGGCAACAUGAGAUACCCCGCGUGGCUGACGUGCGACUGGGAUCCCCUGAUGUACGGAUAUCAGGAACCAAUAGACCAAGGAGUUGAGCCAAGCGGCACGUGGGAAGACUCGCCGUCGAGCCUCACCUACUAUCGACGGGUGUACAAAGACGCCAUUGCGAAAGGCCAGAAUGAGAGCGACUGUGCUGCUGACCUCUGUCGAAUGUCACUGAUCACAGACAAUCUAUCAAUCGCGGCAGAUGACCCGAAGUGUCGAACCCAGAUCGUGUUCAAGGUUGUGGAAGAAGUAUGGGAGCGUGCGGGAAAAGGUCGCGGCUUGGAUCUCGAACAGCUUAUAGCUGCGUUCGCAGAGAAUAAGGUGGAUGUCUCGGUUAUGGAUGCGCUUCACGGAGGCUUCAAUGCCCUUUUGAAAGAGGAGGGUCUUUGAAUGAUGAUUUGGGUAAUGUUGGAGCUCUUUUGAAAGUAAUGCCCUGGUGUUGAGACCAGUUAGGUUUCUGAUAUACCAACUGAACCAUCUAUUUCAUUCCCACAUCCUUCUAAUGGCCAUAUUCAACGGAUGAGCGAUCCAUCUCCUAAACCUGAUGUUCGUCCGCGGUAUGAAGUUACAGCAGCCUUAGGAAAGCGUCUGAAGGAGCAAGUAAUUCCUCAUAUCGAUCGUGCUAGACUACC